AUGACUUCCAUGACAUCAAGCCAUGGCUCUCCGGGCCAAUGGUCGCAGCCCUCUAGCCCGGGCGGUACCCCCCGAGACGGCUCGCCUGAUGGCAACCUCGAGUCGAGCAUGAUAGGUGCCGAAUCAGUUCAUGGGACGAAACGCAAAUCUAGGGCAUCUGCUGCAGGUGGUGGUACCUCUGGCGGAGGGUCAUUCUCUGUUGUAGGCAAAAUUAGGCAUCUUAAAAAAGAAGACGGGGAGCCCUUAUGGAGACGUGACAUACAGUACGACUUCUUGCGUGCUGUCUUCGAUGACGAAACGAAAGUAUUUACUAAUAGCUACGAACUCGGAAACUCGGAAAAGCAGAGCUUCGCCGACUUAUACAUUGACACGAUGGCGAGGAGUAGCAAGACUAGCAAAGUUCUUCGAGACAAGCUUCUUAGUGAUCGCGAGGCUGCCAAAGGAAUGGCUAUGGUCUGUCUGCUCGUCAAUGUUGGACGGAUGAAUACUACACUGAACUUCUUCCCAGAAAUGCGAGCUCAACUCAGAACCUAUCAUGCUAUUCCAUCAUUACAAGCACAUCAGGAUGCAUCCGCCUAUAAGCAGCUACAAGAUGCCCCCAGGCUGAAGUCGAUUUUGAAAGGAGCCGCCGAAGACCGAGCCGAACCUCAUGACUUGGCCGAGUUCAAGAACUCGAAGGCGCCGCGGUCAAAUCCCGUCAACUUGAUCUUUCUCAUCGGUUCACAAGCACCACAGAUUGCAGAACUGCACUUUCCGAGCGGUGGCGAAUUUCAUGACCUCAUUAUGAAAACAAACUACACCAGCAAAUCUCGUGCGAGGGCAUUUCUAUGGUUAAUGUGGCAGUACCUGGAGUCAGACUUUACAGAAGAAGGCUGCGAGGAGAAUCCGUUCGGAGCCGGAGUUGAUUACGAGCUCGGCCUCGCUAACCAGGGUGUCCCUCGAAUGGAAGAGAUGACACCAGAGCAAGAAGCACGCGAGAAUAUAGAUUCACCAGAAGAAGUCGAAUUCGGACGUGAGAAACAAAGUCACAGAGCCAAGAUUAUUGCCUUGGAUCAAGCCUACGCGGUCGACAGCCAAACUAAGAGAGGCUCAAGAGCUAAACUUCUUGUUGAGGAUAGUCCCUCAGCGGCAAUUUUACCACGCAUACGGCCCUCAAAGCACGAGUCUGACAUGGAUAGUACCCGGUCAACUCCGCCCCCAAGAGCUCUAUCGCGCCUUGGUGCCAACAGCACGGUACGUCGCGGUGGGGCCUCACUGAAAUAUCAACUUUUUGAUGCCUCCUCGCCUGCGGUUCCUGGUUCCCAUGCUGCUGAAGGCAUCGUUCCACGAAAGCCUCGACCUCCAACCGCACACCAAUUAGCAGUGGAGCGUAAUCGCAGCCAACGUGUUGAAUACAUACUCGAUCGUGGUCUCCGAAGACAGCACCACAUUUCGCGAAAGCUGAGGCGACAGGAGGGUGUGUUGAUUCGCACAAAACGGCGCUUAGAUGCCAUGACGGACCCUUUUGUUGACAGCGAUGAGGAAGAUGGUAGAACGCCCAUAAGCAUUAGAUCUGUCUUCCGAGAUCGGGGUUUCGGUGGUCUGUGUCAGCUAACUCAAGAGGAGGACAAUUUUGGCGAAGAGCCCGCAUCGUAUGCAGCAGCAGUGAGAAGAGCCAACCGACGACUUAAGAGAUGGAGCGGUCGACGGGACUUGGGAAUCAUUCCGCCAAACAAACGACGUCCAGUAGUUCAAAUCACCGACGAAACACUCCCCGACCCUAUCAUGGAGCUCGAACGUCUAGCUACUCCAGACCGGGUACGGGUAAAAAAGGCCCGGGCGAAUGGAAAGGCCACUGUCAACGGUAAACCUGUUAACGCUGCUAACGGAGACGUAAUGAUGGAAGAUGCUGAUGAUCUGGAUGAUGUUGAUAAAGAGCUACUGGGCAUUGACAGUGGCGCUGACGAGCUUGAGCCCGCGGGUGAGGGCAAAGACGAGGAUGAGGAACUUGAUGACGUGGACAAAACAUUGCUGGGUCUCGAUGAGGACGAGGAUACUGAGAGCAUUUAG